CGAAGUCAUGCCGAUGAUAAAGAGAAACAUUGAACCACAGAACCUGUGUAAAGGAUCUUUACCUGAAAACAUCAGCAAUGAGCUGGAGUGUGUGUCCAACAACACUCUCUCAACUAUAAUACGACAACUCAGCAGUCUCAGUAAACAUGCAGAGGAUGUGUUCAGUGAACUCUUCAAUGAAGCCAACACCUUUUACCUGCGUGCUAAUGGCCUACAGGACCGCAUCAAUCGACUCGCUAUCAAGGUCACUCAACUAGACUCCAGUGUGGAGGAAGUUUCCCUCCAGGACAUUAACAUGUGCAAAGCUUUUAAGAGCUCUACCGUUCAGGACCAACAGGUGGUGACAAAGAGCAGCGUUCCAAAGCCCAUGGCAGAGAUUUAUGAUAGCUGUGAUAGACCCCCACCCCUCAACAUCCUCACUGCCUACAGGGAUGACAACAUUGAUGGACUGAAGUUCUACACCGAUCCCUCAUACUUCUUUGAGUUGUGGAAGGAAAAAAUGCUUCAGGACACAGAGGACAAGAGAAAAGAGAAGCAAAAACAGAGGGAACAGAAGCGUUGUGUCGAUGGGACGCUGCCACGAGAGAUUAAAAAUGUGCGUAAACCUCAUAACCGUAGACAGGAAUGGAUCAUGAUGGGGCAUGAUAAAGAGCUACGUCCGAAUCACCGUCAUCAGCAUCACAGAGUCAAAUCAUCCGAAGGGUCUAUAGAGGGAAGAUCACAUGAUUCACACAACCUUGGCCAUCCAGUUCCAGUAAGUCACGCUGGAUCACGGACUGGUCAUACCGAUCCACGAGUGGAGACUGCGGCGUCCUCCAUCGAGCAUGAGUACCAUAGCAUCGGUGGUGCUGUCGGGGUGUGUACAGGUUCAGCUGUGAAUCCGCUUGAUCAAACACACCCGACUACUCAACAGCACCUGCCUUCUGAACAUGGAGUCAAUGGAAACAUCUCUCUACCUCCAUCAGAUUAUGGUCUGAUGGAGUGUUAUGCCAGUUCAGGGCCACUGUCUCCUCCGGUGGGUCCCAUUAUUCCACCUGCACCUCCUGCAGGUCCAGCUCCACCUCCUCCCAGACCAAUCGCCACAACCGUACGUUAUCCUUUUCCACCUGCCCCUCCUUCUGAAGGUCUAUCACCGCCUCCAGCUCCUCCUGUACCUUCACAUCCAAAUACACUGACCGUGCAACCUCCUAAUGAGGGUCGCAGUGACCUCCUCUCUGCAAUACGAAUGGGUAUCCAGCUGAAAAAGGUCCAGGAACAGCAGAAACAUUGGGCUGAAAGAGAGCCGGUGGGGAACGAUGUGGCCAUGAUUCUGUCUCGUCGCAUUGCCGUGGAUUACAGCGACUCAGAUGGCAACUCGGACCUCGAUGAGCACGAUUGGUCUGACUGACAACACUCACACAACAAAUUUUAUCAUUUAUUUUACCAAUGCAAACUGUGUGUAAUAACAGACAGAAAUCCUUAUUUUUUUUAUAUAAAUGCAUGUUCUCUCACACGUUGGCAAUACAUGUUUGUGCAAUAGAAAGAGGAGUACAGACUAAGUGACCAUCUGUAUGGGCCAAAUGUCCAUGUUGCAGAAAGCUGAUAUUUUAAAUACUGAUCUUUUAAAUGUAGCUCAACUGAUAGAGCAAUUUUAAGUAGGGAUGCGCCGAUACCACUUUUUUGGAAUACGAGUACGAGUACGAGUACUUGCAUUUCAGUACUUGCCGAUACCGAUACUGAGUAAUAAAAAACAUGAUUCAAAUUUACAGGUAACAGCUUUAGUCAUAUAAUUUAACAAAAAAACAAGUGACUAGUUUUCCAGUUUGUUGUAAACUCUGCCUCUUUGGACAACACAAGAGGCAUUAACCCCUUACACGCCACUCAAACAUAGACAUUUCUCAGACCGUGGUAUCGAUCCCUGGUAUCGGGGGACUUUUAACGAGUACGAGUACUUUAGAAAAUGUGGUAUCGAGGCCGAUACCCGAUACCAGUAUCGGUAUCGAUGCAUCCCUAAUUUUAAGCAAUGGUCACAAGUUUGAUUCCCAGGGAACACAAGUAUAUACUGAUAAAAGUGUAUAACUUGUAUGUACUGUCACUCUUUAGCCAAAGUGACAUAAUGCAUAAAUG